AUGCAGAUGGCUGACCACCCAAUCAACUUACUAGACAUACCUCUCCCCGAGGGGGAAAAUCCAGCAAAUACUAACGUUGUCUGGCCGCCGUUACCUGCGGAAGAUAUGCUUCUGCCCCCUCCGAUUCCUGAUAAUAUACAAGACGUGCCUGAUGAUCCAGACGAGCCUGAAGAGCCUGAUGAACCUGAGGAGCCUGAAAAUCCAGACGAGUCUGAAGAGGCAGACGAUUCAGACCGGCCAGACGAGCCGACGAUAUUCGUAGGAGGGCCUGAUAAUUUAUUACCCACCAAUGGGCCCCGCAAGCGUCCUGUAUGUGGUGUACCGUUCACUUUCAUGUAUGAGGGUGACAGACAAGAUGCUCUUGAUUUCCAAAGCCGAAGAUUUGAUAAUCCGGAUUUGGUAGUUGGAUUUGACCUCAACCGCCCUGAAGAGGCAUUAAGGUUAUUUGAAGCAGCGAGAGAGCGUCAUUUAGAUCGUCGUCGGCGUGCUUUGAACAGGUUCGAUUCGUCUAGUAGUAGUAGUGAUAGUAGUAGUAGUAGUAGUAGUAGUAGCAGCAGCAGCAGCGACGAAGAUGAUGAGUCCGAUAAGAGCAACGAUCCAUCAAGAGAUUCCUUUACAAGUCACUAUGCCUCAAAAACAGAUGACCGACCUGACAAAAAGGAUGAAAAUAAACAAAAAUAA